AUGGGCCCAUUAAGUCCCAGAGCAGCAGCCGCCGGCAGCCAUGGCUGCGAGCUUCCCGACCGCAUCGAACAAUUGGACGGCGGACCGUUUGUCGGAAACCUCACAUUUUAUCAUUUCAACAUGAUCGUGUCUGGCAUUAGCACUGCGAUUGUAUUGUUCGUGAUGUUCGGUCUAAUGGGACGUCAUGCGAUGCGCAUGAGUAAUCCACAAGAGCAACUCAAAAUUAUGCGAAUCUGCAACUUGCUUCCCUCCUACCAAGUCCUAUCCUUCGUCUCGAUCUGCUUUCCAAACUCCUACAUCUACCUACAAGGAUACACCGAAGUGUUCAAUGGUAUCGCUUUAUACUCAUUCCUCAUGCUGUUGUGCGAUUUCAUGGCUCCCACCGACCAAAGCAAGGUGGAAUUUUUCUCUUCGCUUGAAACAAAGAGACAAUGGCAACCGAAGAAGAAGAGAAAUGGUCUGGCCUUCUUGAAGUUGACUUGGUGGUCUGUGUUGCAAUACCCUCUCAUUACAUUGGGUACUGCUGUCAGCCAGACAGUGACUCAAGCACUGCAUGUAUACUGCCUUAGUAGUAUGGCGCCGCAUUAUUCUCAUGUUUGGCUCCAAGUGGUUACCUCGCUUUCGACGUCAGUAGCCAUCAACGCGAUCAUUCAAUUCUACAUGCACAUGAGGGGGUAUAUGACCGAGAACAAGCCACUGGCAAAGUUUCUUGCCUUCAAAUUGGUCGUCGGAUUGAUCUUGCUGGAAAAGGUCAUUUUCCUGAUCCUCAACGGAACAGGGACCCUCACGAAAGUGAAAUCGUUGACCUAUGUCGAUAUCGCGAUGGGACUGCCGACAAUGAUUAUCUGUAUCCAAAUGGUCCCGAUAUCCUUCUUAAUGCUUUACGCCUACCGUACACGGCCCUACGAGAUCUCCAACAAGACACCGCGCACCAUGCGACCUCGGGAAUAUCAGGCCGUCGACGACGAUGUUGAUGACGAGGCAUUGAUGAAUGGAUUCAAGAAGCGGUACCAGGGUGGCUGGAUGGGAAUACAUGCUUGGGCCGUCUAUCUCGGUCCACUGACAUUGUUCAUGGAUGUUAGAGAGGCCUAUGUCAUGAUCCAUGAAGCUCGGGCUGCACAGAAGGCGCACGUAAAGGAGCAGAUGCCAGUGCAGAUGGAACCGUCGAUGGAGAGAUAUGAUAGCCCUCAGGGUGCAUGA